GACAAAAAUGGCAGACUGUUACGAGUCAUCCCAGAAAUAUGAGAAAAAUGAUUUUGAAUCGCCUGCAUUUUAUUCUUAUGUCUCUAAAACGAAGACGAAAUGGAAGCCUGUUAGUUUUACCUUUGUUCAGUAUCCAGAAGGAGAUAUUUAUGGCAAAUUUUUGGCGUGGCUAAGUCUGGCGCCAGUCUUUAUAAUUGUCGGCUUCGUUGCAGUGAUAAUAUUUCGAAGAGAACUUCAUACAAUGGCCUAUUUCUUUGGAUGUCUCUUAAAUUAUGUUUUGAGCGUAAUAUUGAAGAAUAUUGUUAAAGAACCGCGUCCGUGUGAUGGUCCAAUUUCGUAUCACACGGAGUUUGGUAUGCCUUCAAGUCACUCGUCUUUUGUAGCCUUUUUUUCUUGUUAUGCUCUUCUGUUUAUUUAUUUUGGUGGGACUGCUCAUUUAGCUCCCAGUGUUAUCAAUUCAUAUUGUAGACAAUCUUUGGCGUCAUCUAACGUCUUUAGGUCUAAUUUUUCUAACUGUUUUGUGUCAUAUGGCAGGAUAUAUCUGCAUUACCAUACUACUUCACAAGUUCUUUGUGGAAUCGUACUAGGAUUAAGUUGUGGUAUAGUGUGGUUUCUAGUGGUUCAUCAUGUACUAACUGAAUGGUUUCCUGUUAUUACAUCAUGGAAAAUUUCCGAAUUUUUUCUUAUCCGUGAUUCAACAAGAAUACCUAGUAUUUUAUGGUUUGAAUACACAAGGGCUCGAGAAGAAGAAACGACAAAGAAGAAAAUCGCCUUGAAUUAAGUGGAUGAUAUUUACUGGUAGAAGAUGGAACUAUUAUAAUAUAUCAAAAAAUUACAAUGAAGUGUUUACUGUGUGCUUAAUAUUAAAGUGUUUUUUGAUGAAUGACAAUUAUAUACGUAUAUUGAAA